CAACGAUAGACCAAUCAUUAAGUAGCAUAAUUGCUAAUUGCAUCACCAUAUAUUUGCAGCUCUCGARCGACCWAUAGAAUAYCAGAAUCAGAUGGAACGAAAGAAAACUGUUACGUUCCCCAUUGGACCUGUCACAACAGUAGGUCAAGUAACACCAGGAUCGACAACAUCUACCACAUCUAAUCGGUCCAUGGCUCAUCGUGCUAAAAGUCUGCCAGAUACAGGCACCUUAACAAGACUUCCUGGCUCUGCCAGUGCUCCAGCCGUUCCUCAAGUUUCCGGUGCAAUAUCAAGCUUGGUCAAACACAUGCAUCUCAUCGAYCUUGAAACCGCCAAGUCAUURGACGAAUUGACCUCACCCUUCCCCUCACAAUCGAGAGACCGCGAUAGGUACAUUGUGACAGAGGAUUUCAAGGGAAAAGACAAAGAUCAUCUUAGCGUGAAAAGAGGAGAGAUCGUUUAUCUUGUGUCGACCAAGAAAGACGAUAAAAACUGGAUGUAUGUGUGUAAUGGGACAGCUGACAAACUUGGUCUUGUACCGUCCAAGAUCCUGAUAAGGAAGCCAGAAUCUAAUAACAACAUCAAUGACAAUUUGGAGGCGUCAAGUCCAGUCAAGAGUUCAUCAUUUCCUCGCAAGAAAACUAGUCGCAAUGCGAGUUUCUCAAGCAUUAAAUCUAAAGAUAGAGAGCUGGUCCAGGCUGCUAAAGUCAAGAGAAAUAAAAGUUUUUCGAAUGAAGCUGACAAAAUUCGACGAGGUACAGCGCGAAGAAAAACAGAGGACUACCUUGGAACAAUGACAGAUAAACUUAGGAAGAACAUUGAUAAACUGAAGAGUGACGACGAACCAGUUAGCUCAUCAAGUUGUCCUUCAAGCCCGACAAAAGGUCGGCUAUUGCCUUCACAAGACGAUGCUCCACUCAAGUUCGCCGAACCUCUGGAAAACACAGUAAUUAACAGCACUGACACAGCUCAAAUAACGUGUAAGCUAAUGCCCUCUGAAUUACCGUACAAGAUAUCAUGGCGAAGAAAUAACAAUGCUAUAACCAUUGGUGAAAAAUAUCAAAUACUUCGAGAAGGCGAUAUACAAACAUUAGAGAUCAAAUCCCCUAAUGUUACAGACAGUGGGGAAUACAUGUGCAUAGCUACAUGUAUCUUGGGAACUAUAAACUGUUCGGCUGAGAUAACCGUAUUAGGUGUCCCAGAACCUCCCUCAAAACCACGAGUUCGAGAAAAAAUGCCGACCUCGUUACUACUCGAUUGGGAUGCCAAUCCAUUAAAUGGCGGUAAAGAAGUGACCGCUUACACUGUUGAGUACAAAGAGACUGGGGUGAGUGUAUGGCAAGCCGCUGUACCCUUUGUCGCCGGCACAUCCGUCAUGAUCGACGACUUGACUCCAGGAGCGACGUACCAGUUUCGAGUAAGCGCCAACAACGCGAUAGGAAUCAGUCGACCGAGUGAUCAYUCUGAUAUUAUUGUACUUGAGCCUGAAAAUGAUAUUACAAAGUUACCGACCACGCCAGAACGUCGUCACACAGCAGAUCAACAAGUCACGUGGAAAACUGAUGUUGAUUCAUUGUACAACAUUUACGCUGAACUAGGAAGGGGACGAUAUUCUGUAGUCAAAAAAUGCGUUGAAAAGAUAUCAGGCAAAGAAACUGCAGCCAAACUCAUCAAGAAACGACUGGCGACCAGACAAGACGUAGAACGAGAAAUCAGUAUCAUGAAAAAGCUGAAACACCCCAACCUUAGUUCCUUCGUAGACGCAUUUGAAACAGCUAAGACGUACAUCAUCGUUAUGGAACUAUUAUCAGGAGGUCGUCUCUUUGACUCUCUCGUUGUAAUGGAUAAUUUAUCUGAGAAGGUUGCUAUUGGUUAUACACAUGAAAUCGUUAAGGGUGUCCAACAUCUUCACGAUCUGAACAUCGUCCAUUUAGAUUUGAAACCUCAGAACUUCUUAUURGACGGUGGUCCACUACCUAAAGUAAAAAUUGUCGACUUUGGCAGUGCGAGGGWGCUGACGGGUAAACCAGUCACCCAUCAAGUUUAUGGUAGUCCAGAAUUCUCAGCACCUGAAGUAUUGAACAACGAGCCGGUGGCGUUUAAAGCUGACAUGUGGAGCAUUGGAGUUGUCACGUAUGUCAUGCUAUGUGGAGUUUCUCCAUUUCAAGCCGAUACAACACAAGAUGUGUGUGAUAAAAUACGUGCAUUCACAAGUAUAGACUUUCCAGACAAGUACUUCAGUCCCAUCUCUCCACAGGCUCAACAUUUUAUUUCUUCAUUACUUCAUAAAGACUACACAGCAAGAGCUGAUUGCCAAGAUUGUUUGAAGUCCGAUUGGAUAAGAAUGCUAAGUCCUCGUCCGCCAAGUCCUGUUCGAACUACUAAGCUCAAUAUCUCGAGACUUGCAGCGUUUAACGCUAGAAGAAGAAAUCAGCACGAUGUAAAGCCUUUAGCCCAGAACGGAAUCUCAAAAUCAAAAUCAAGUUUAAACAGUAUAGAAUCAGACUUAUAGUACACACCGAUUUUCCUACAGCUUUAAAACAACUGUAUAUAUGUACAAUAUAACAAAUAUGCCUAAACACAGGUAUUGCCAAGAUACGAGUUUUUUCGAUAUUCCAAUAUUUUCACAACAGAGUUAUAAUAACAAUCAAUUGAAUAGAAAUGCGUUCAUCCAACAAAUACGAAAAWUAUUUUCAAGUAUAAAUUGUUUUAUAGAAUUAUUCUAAAAGAUUUCUAAGUAUUUUUGUAUUUCAAAUCUUAAACAAUGAGAGUACGAGGUUACACUUUCAUUAACCUGUUUUACGUCUUUUUUUGUGUUGAUGUAUCCGCCUUCUCUUGAGUAAACAUGGACUUGUGAACCCCGAGGGAAAUCCUUUAUUUCAGUUCACUGCGAUAAGCAUGUCAAAUGUUCAAUUAUCAGACCUCUAUGGUAGAUUGCAAAUGAAGAAAUGUUUUAAUUGUUUUGUUUGGUGUUUGAUGGUUUAAAGUUAUUGUCAGUGAAAAUUAAGUUCAAGGGUGUAGAUGAUAUUAGUUACAUGUACAAACAUUCCGUUGUUUUAUUUAUUGAAUUGUGUUAAAAUUCAUUUUCAAUUUUUUUAUCAAACAAAGUCUAGGAUUAAAGUACCAUAAAGCAAC